AUGUUGCCAAAUAAAACAUCCGUUAUAAAUACUAGAAAAGAUAUGUUCCCCGAUAAGAAAUCGACAUCUAAGCAAAUGAAAACUUCUACGUUGACAAACGCUGCUGGCCUUAAUUCUCUUAUUACUUUUACUGUUUUGCUACUUGCUUGGAUCUCAGGAUUUGCUUCUCGUUUAUUUGCAGUGAUACGUUUAACUACAGAGCUACGGCAUAUAUGGUGCAACAUGGAUUCUAUAAUUUUUUGAAUUGGUUUGAUGAAAGAGCAUGGUACCCAUUGGGUCGUAUUGUAGGUGGAACUGUUUAUCCUGGAUUAAUGAUAACAUCUGGAUCUAUACAUUAUAUAUUACAUUCUUUGAAUAUCCCAGUGCAUAUAAGAGAUAUUUGCGUAUUCUUAGCUCCAAUAUUUAGUGGCCUUACAGCCAUUUCUACGUACUUAUUAACAAAAGAAAUAUGGAGUGCAGGAGCUGGUUUAUUUGCAGCAUGUUUUAUUGCAAUUGUACCUGGUUACAUCUCAAGAUCUGUAGCAGGAAGUUAUGACAAUGAAGGCAUUGCCAUUUUUGCACUGCAAAUUACAUAUUAUCUUUGGGUUAAGUCAGUUAAAACUGGCUCUAUUUUUUGGGCUUCUAUGACUGCUCUCUCCUACUUCUAUAUGGUAUCUGCAUGGGGUGGUUAUGUUUUUAUUAUUAAUUUAAUUCCACUUCAUGUUUUUGCAUUACUGAUUAUGAAUCGAUUCAGUAAUCGUCUAUUUACAAGUUACACUACAUUCUAUAUUCUGGGACUUUUAUUGAGUAUGCAAAUACCAUUUGUUGGUUUUCAACCAAUAAGAACAUCAGAACAUAUGGCAGCUGGAGGUGUGUUUGGAUUAUUAAUUUUUGUAGCAACUCUCAGACAUCUAAGAACUGUACUUACAAAAUCUGAAAUGAAAUACUUUGGAGGAGUGGUUGCAGUUGUAGCUGCUAUUCUUUUGUUGAUUCUAAUUUGUUUAACCUAUGCUGGUAUUGUUGCACCUUGGAGUGGAAGAUUUUAUUCACUCUGGGAUACUGGUUAUGCAAAAAUACACAUUCCAAUAAUAGCAUCUGUUUCUGAACAUCAACCUACAACAUGGUUUAGCUUUUUCUUUGAUUUACAUAUUCUUGUUACAACAUUUCCUGUGGGCCUGUGGUACUGUAUUAAACGUAUUAAUGAUGAACGUGUCUUUGUUAUAUUAUAUGCUAUAAGUGCUGUUUAUUUCGCUGGGGUGAUGGUGAGGCUUAUGCUCACUUUAACUCCAGUUGUUUGUAUGCUUGCUGGAAUAGCAUUUAGUGAUCUUCUUGAAUUAUUUUUUAAAGAGGAAGACAGUGAAAGGGAUCGGAGUAACAAUGGAAGUGAAGAAGAAAGUGAAGAAGAAAGAGAAAGAAGUCCUGGUAGAGCACUUUAUGAUAAAGCUGGUAAACUUCGUAGAAUGAGACAUGAGAGACCUAGGGGUAAUGGUGAUGGAUUAGGUGUUAAUCUUCGAAAUGGUGUUGUCAUUGGUGCAUUUGUGUUAAUGAUGAUGUUUACAUUGCAUUGUACUUGGAUUACAAGUAAUGCAUAUUCUAGCCCUUCAAUUGUUUUGGCAUCAUAUAGUAAUGACGGUGGUAGAGCGAUUCUCGAUGAUUUUAGAGAAGCUUAUUAUUGGCUAGCACAAAAUACACCUAUUGAUGCUAGAAUUAUGAGUUGGUGGGAUUAUGGUUACCAAAUUGCUGGAAUGGCUAAUAGAACUACGCUUGUGGACAAUAACACUUGGAAUAAUUCGCAUAUAGCUCUAGUUGGAAAAGCAAUGAGCUCAAAUGAAAGUGCUGCUUAUGAAAUUAUGACAUCGUUAGAUGUAGAUUAUGUAUUAGUUAUUUUUGGAGGAAUGAUUGGAUAUUCCGGAGAUGAUGUUAAUAAGUUCCUUUGGAUGGUACGAAUUGCAGAAGGCGAACAUCCACAAGACAUUCGUGAAAGUGAUUAUUUUACCGAAAGAGGAGAAUUUCGUGUGGAUUCAGAAGGUUCACCUACUCUUUUGAAUUCAUUAAUGUAUAAAUUAAGCUAUUAUCGAUUUGGAGAAGUAAAAAUCGAUUAUCGAUCGCCAUCUGGUUAUGAUCGUACGCGUAAUGCUGAAAUAGGGAAUAAAAAUUUUCAAUUAACAUAUUUGGAAGAAGCCUACACAACUGAACAUUGGCUUGUUAGAAUUUACAGUUGAAAUUGUGGGGUGGGGGACAUUAAUGUUACAGACACCACGUCGCAAGAAAGGUUACAUAAAAGGCCGGCCAACUAUUAUUAAAGGACAAAAACCUCAACGAAAACCUACGUAACAUACAUUUAUUAUCUAAUUCAUAAUUUUCAAAUACAACUUUUAUAAUAAGAAAAAAGAAUUACCGUCCCUUGGGUCUACCACAAACUAUACCUCAAAUUAAAACUUUAGUAUCAUUAAAACUCGAAUCAAUUAAAACAUAUAAUAAAAGAAAUUUUCAACAUUAAAAGCAAUUGGAGCAAUUUUUUAAUAAGAAUGAUGUUAAAAAAGUCAUAUUUUUAAUUUUACUUAUACUACAUAAAGUUAAUUAUACAUAUAUGACUGCUUUACAUAUCAAUUAAGUAAAGUAUGAUUUUUAUGGUUGCAAUAUAUGAUUCCUAUAAUUGAAUUCAUGUUACGUAUGAAGUGUGAAGAUAGUAUCUUGAUGCAUUUAAAAUUUUUUUGUACUUAAGUAAUCUUUAACGUUUUGCUCACUUCAUUUGUCUUUAUGCAUAUUAUAUUCAAAUUGCAAAGAAGUGAAUUUUAAAUUAUAACGUGGAAAACAUGAUAAAAAAGUUAAUGUAAACUUUUUUUAUAUCUGUGUAAUGCACACUAAACAUCAAUAAGAAAAAUUCACUAGUCAAAAUAAUUGAAAACAUUUAUUAUAAAUAUCAAACAGGUGAGAUCGGAGGGAUUAAAUAUAUGUUAUGUAUACACAGUUUAUUGUAUACUAUUCUUGUUGAACAUUUAUAAGAAUGAACUUGUCAUUUAAAAUCAUUGUAUAUUUAAUAUUUGAUUUAUUUUUUUUUUUGUACAGAAUUUAUAA